AUGUCGAAAAUCAACAAUCUUGAGUAUGCUGCCUUCAAUCUCUCCGGAGACAAUUACCUUCAAUGGGCACUUGACACCAAGAUCAUCUUGAAAUCCAAAAACCUUGGUGCUUGUAUCACUGAUGGCAAUGAGUCAUCUGAGAAGGAUAGAUACAGUGCGAUCUUAAUCAUACGCCAUCACCUUGCUGAAAGUCUCAAAGACCAAUACCUCACUGUUGAGAAUCCUCUGGAACUUUGGACAGAACUGAAAUCCAGAUAUGAUCACCAGAGGACGAUAGUCUCAAAGUUGAAACUGUGUGGAGAGACUAUCACUGAUGCUGACAUGUUAGAGAAGACAUUCUCUACAUUCCACACAAGCAAUGUUUUGCUUCAGCAACAAUACCGAGAAAAGGGUUUCUCCACCUAUGCAAAUUUGAUCUCUUGUUUGUUGCUGGCUGAGCAAAACAAUGAGUUACUCAUGAAGAAUAGUGAGAUGAGGCCUCCUGGUGCUAAGGCAUUACCUGAGGCACAUGCGGCCAGAGAGCCAAAAGAUGAGUCUCCAAAGAAAGAGUCAAACCAUGGCCGUGUGAGAGGCCGUGGAAGAUGGCAGGGUCGUAACCGUGGGUUUCAACCACGUGACCAUUGGUUUCAACCACGUGACCAUGGGUUUCAACCACGUGAACACCUUGGUCGUAGCCGAGGCCGAGGAUAUGGCCGAGGUAAUGGCCGAGGGUAUCAACCUAGCCGUGGGUAUAAGUCCGACUUCAAAACCCAUGGCUCGACCAAAUCUUCUUGCCAUCGGUGUGGGAUGACCAAUCAUUGGGCCAACCGAUGCAAAACUCCCAGUCAUCUUGUUAAACUCUACCAGGAGAGCAUAAAGCGAAAGAACCCUGUGGCCCAUUGGGUCCAUCAUGAUGAUGAGAAUGAUGUCGACCAUGAGGAUGUUCAAGCCCAUGACAAUGAUGAUCAGACUGAAUUUGAGACUUCAGAUAUCCUUAAAGAGGCCAAUUAA